AUGAUAGUUGAUGAAGCUUCCCAACGUACAUUUGCCGUGUCGAUCUUUGUGUUGAUUCAAGCAUGGAAACUCUUUGAUCUUGUGACUAUAAAAGUAGGUGAAGAUACGGGGAGGGAUAGUUUUUCAUUUGUUGUUAAAUAUAUCUUUGUGGAUGGGCUAUUUAUUUGGACCCUUUCACUAUUAAAUAUUCUGGGGCUUUCCUAUGGACCAGUCCGAGCCCUUUUAUAUUCCGUUGUGCUAUUUGCGAUCUCAUUAGUGGGCAUUAGCAACGGGUUCACGCCAUUGGCCAAUGGGUUUAUAGAAUCAGUGGCGAAAGUAGUACGAGAUCAUAAGGAAUUGACCAUAGCUGGUGAGAGAGUAGUGGCAGAGAAUGCCAUUGACCUAGAUUCCCAUUUCAAGGGUAAGUAUACGAUUAACUUCUUACCUGAUGCUUCUGCUAGAAUGAAUCCCUUUGGUUUUAAUCUGUUGUGUCUUGAUGGCUCUAAAACUGUGGUGAAUAUGCCUAUUGAGUUCAAUACAACCUCGGCUUUAGGAAGCUUCCAAAUCCAGCGUAUCACUGAAAAUAACAAUAAGGUGACGCUUCUAAAUUAUACCAAAUCGGAUAUCACAAGGUUCCAAAAGAAAGAUUAUACUCAUUUGAAAAAAUAUCCAAAAUAUAGAGCUGAUGAUGAAAGAAUCUUUUAUUUGGAAUAUCCAAUCACAACCCCAGGAACGUACACUAUUAAGUCAGUCACUGAUGAAAAUGGAAUAAGUAUACGAACUUAUAAAUCUGUGUUUAAGAUUGCCCAAUGUCCUCUGGUUGAAUUUGUUCCUACUCAUACCAACACUAAUUACUGGUGUUUGGAGGAUACUGCUGUGCCACAACAGCUUUCCCUUCCAUUGGUUAAAGUCAAAGCUGUGUUUCCUGCUGUAGUUAAAUACAUUGCUACUUUAAAUGGUAAACCUUACCACAAGUUUGAAACCAAAGUUGAAAAUGAAAAUAAUGGGGAAGGUAGUGCUUCUUAUACCAGAAACUUUUUGGAACAGGAGCUUUAUAAACAUCCUGAAAUACUAGCUAAAGCUAAGCCUGGUGCCAUUGAGUUUCAUUUAAGUGAGAUUAAAGAUGGCUUAGGGGUUAGCAGAAGGUUCAAUACUGCCUUGAAAGAAACCAAUGUAUGGCAUAAAUUGGUACUUAAAGGUUCAAUAGGUUUGAAGCUUGUUGAUAAGAGUCCUCAGGAAGAUUUGAUUGAAAAUGGAGACAAGACUCUAUUUAUAGAGUCACUGAACAUUGAAGAUUCCGAAUUCCCCAUUUCAAUCACUUUCCAAUAUGAUGGUAAUGGUUCAGAUAUACUUCUGCAUAACAUUACCAAGAUAUUCCAAACAAGAGAACAAUUGAGUAAAGGAAUUAACGUCAAGUCACAGGGGAAAUAUAAUAUAAUAAGUGCUCUGUCGAAAUUUUGUCCAUGCAAAUUCUCCAAAAAUCAAUACGUUUCUCUUGCAUUAGCACAGAAAGCACAUGUUAAAAUUUCAGCUUCACCAGUUACGGAUGCUUGUAUUGGUACUCUAGGAUAUAUUUUUGAUUUUGAUUUCAUAGGGAAACCUCCAUUUCAAGUCGACUACCAAGUUUACAGAAAUCACUCCGGUACCUUAUCACCUGUUUAUGAUUCAACUGGUUCUACAAUAAGACAUAUCAAGACAAGCUUUAGAUCGUUUAAGUUUGAAUAUAAACCUGAAACAGAGGGGAACUUUGUGGUCAAAUUUUCCAAACUUAAAGAUAUGAAUUAUUAUGCUAAACCAAUACAGUUGGAAGAUAAAGUAAACACUUAUGAAACCUACUUUAAGAAAAAAUCUCAAGUUUCAUUUUCGAAAUCAGGUCAUGGACUGAUGAUUAUUCGACCAUGUUAUAAUGAAAGUGUUGAUAUCCCCGUAUACUUCACUGGGAAUGGUCCCUUCUCCUUUGCUUAUUCAUUGAUUGAUAUUACUAGUGGUGAAAAAUUAAUUCAAUCUGUUCCCGUUAAGGAUGUAACUGGUGAAUAUGUGAUUCAAACCCCGAAAUUGACUAAGAGUGCUCGCUAUAAGGUUGAUAUUCUUAAUCCUGUUGAUGGUGCUUCUUGUGGAGUUGUCAAACACUCCAGUGAUUCAGUAAUAAUAGAAUCCAGAGGAGAAAUUCCCAAGGUAUCGAUUGCAGAAGAUCUGAAGAUAAUAAAAAUUGUUGAAGGUGAUAGUUAUAGAAUCCCCUUGGAUUUUCAAACCGAUGUUGGUAGACAAACAUCCGAUUUAUUGAGGUUUAAACAUGUUGUUGAUUCUUCUAAGAUAACCUUUGGAGAAUUGAAAUCAUCUGAAAACUUUAUUGUACUGAAGGAAGGUACUUAUAGUUUGGAAUCAUUUAGUAAUGGUGGAUGUAAUGGUGAAAUUGUGUUCCCUCAACGAAGCAUUACAAUUGAAUACUAUGAAAGACCUUCAAUAUCUGUUAUUGCUGAGGACGUGGCAUCCACACCUAUUCCAGGACAUUUUGAAUUACAUAAAGUGUGUCAAACUGGAUCUCGACGGGCUACACUCAAAUUCAGUGGUAGUCCACCAUUUGUCAUUGAUUAUACAGUCAAAUUACCUAAUGGAAAGAUUGAAAGUGGAUCUAUGACAUCUAAUUCUAAAUCUAUGAUUAUUAAUUUGCCCACUGAACAAUUUGGGACGUAUGAGCAUUCGUUUACGGGGAUUUUUGAUUCACAUUAUACCAAACAGAAACAACGACUGAAUCAAGAUAUUACCACUAAUAUUCGAUAUGAAGUACGAGCUAAUCCUCUAGCGGUAUUCACAAAAGACCAAAAUUUCCUUCAAGUCUGUGAAUCCAAUUUUAAAAACAGUAAGUUGGCAUUACCUAUUAGCUUCACCAGUGGAGAUUCACCGUUCACUGUAAGUUUUAAACUUGACAAUGACAGGCAGUUCACAAUUGAGAAUAUAGUUAAAGAUAUUGUGGAUAUAAGUGAACAUGUGACUCAUUUAGAUGUUGGAGAGCAUUUAAUUGAGAUGAUCAACAUAACUGACUCCAACGGGUGUACCAGUUCGGAACUUAGUACUAAUGACAAAUAUGUUAUUCACAUCACGGAGACUCCAGAUGUUGAGAGGGUUGGUAUUAAGACAGAUUAUUGUGUUGGAGAUCACGUGUACUAUAAUCUCAGUGGAGUCGGUCCCUUCACAGUAUUCUAUCGCUUUAGAGGUCAACUACAAAGAGCACAAGUGUUACAUUCCUUCAGAAGACUUGCAGCCAAGGCCGGGACGUUAGAGAUUGAAGCCAUCACCGACUCAUCCCGAGGCUCUUGUUUGGUUAAUUUCACCCAGACUCCAGUGAAGUUUGAAGCCUUGAAGCUUACAGUGCAUGAGCUUCCCUCGGUCGAGAUCAAUCAGGGUGAUAACAUAGUGGAGAACAUCCAUGAAGGGGACCAGGCGGAGAUCAAGUUCACGUUCAAGGGUACCCCACCGUUUAGAGUGAAGUACAUUAGAACUGUUGAAGACAAGCAGAAGAAGAGACUGGCACCCGUGGUGGUUGAAACCAAAGUCCUACAAGAUAUUUGGGACUAUGAACAUCAUGAAUUGGUUAAUAUGGAAGGUACUUAUGAGGCCGUGGAGAUCUAUGAUUCUCAUUGUCAUGUGAUUAAACAGUAA